AAUCUGGCUUUUGUUGAUUUUUAUGGUACCUCUGCCAUCACUCCAAACACCCUUGUGAACUCUUUAUGAGAAAUUAAAAGCAUGCCGUUUUAUGCAUGUGCCACUCAAGUGGGCUGCUUUAUCACAUUUUCAGUCUGGGAAUUAUUCAUGCUGUCUGUCAUGGCCUAUGAUCGGUAUGUGGCCAUCUGCAACCCUUUACUCUACAUCAUUCUCAUGCCCAGGAAACUCUGCAUCCAGUUGGUCACUAGCUCUUACAACUACGGAUUCACCGUGGGGCUCAUACAAGCAGUGGCUACAUUCCACAUGUCCUUCUGUGACUCUAAUGUGGCCAACCAGUUCUACUGUGAUGAUGUUCCCUUGAUUGCUCUCGCCUGCUCUGACACCCAAGUCAAAGAGUUGAUGUUGUUCAUCAUUGCUGGGUUCAAUGUGUUCGGUUCUCUAAUCACUGUUCUCCUAUCCUAUGUGUUUAUUGUCUUCGCCAUCUUAAAGAUCCAUUCUGCUGCAGGAAGACAAAAAGCCAUUUCUACAUGUGCUUCUCACCUGUUUUCUAUUACUAUAUAUUACGGGACCCUCAGUUUUAUGUACCUGCACCCCAAGUCAAGCCACUCACUGGAUAAAGACAAAUUUGCCUCAGUAUUCUAUGCAGUGGUGAUUCCCAUGUUAAAUCCUUUAAUCUAUAGCUUGAGGAAUUAG